CCCAGACGCAGAGUAGCUUGUGAUUGGUCCGGGCUGCGGAACCUCGGAAACCCGAAUGCGAGGACCGUACAGAUCCACAGCUGCCGACCCCCGCAGAAAUCUGGAGCGCGGUCAGAAUCCAACUGGCGGCGGCGGAGGCAGCAGUGGCCUCAGGUAAAGAUAACGUUUUCCCAAAGAAAAUAACAUAGGCCAGAAGGAAAAAUAAUAAAAACAAAUUGCUGCAGAUUUUACUUUACAAUAUGUAAGAAAAUCUACAAUUUCUUCAAGACAGUCAUAUUAAGGAAGCAGUCAUGUUUCAUGAGUCCUCAAAACUAUGAGACAAGAGAAUGUAGUAGAGUGAGGCCAGAAGUCCUUACUGGCUCAAAGAACUCCAGGGAAACUGGGAUAGAACAUUGUACAUUAUAAGUAGAACCCCGGGAGCCAGAGGUGAAACACAAGUUUAUCUGCAGAGCUCCGCUGCAGGGCUGAGCUGGGUCUGGAAGAAAUGGAUGAGAGCCACUGGAUGAAAUUCACUAAUACUAGACACCUGAGUCCUCUAGUAAUAGAUUUGUGAAUGAGCUUUGCUAAAUAUGGAUUCAGGUGGUGGAAGUCUUGGAUUGCACACAUCAGACUGUAGAAUGGCCCAUACCAUGAUUAUGCAGGAUUUUGUGGCUGGAAUGGCUGGUACUGCACAUAUCGAUGGAGACCAUAUUGUUGUUUCAGUUCCUGAGGCUGUAUUAGUUUCUGAUGUUGUCACAGAUGAUGGGAUAACCCUUGAUCAUGGCCUUGCAGCUGAAGUUGUCCAUGGGCCUGAUAUCAUCACUGAGACUGAUGUAGUAACCGAAGGUGUAAUUGUUCCUGAAGCUGUACUUGAAGCUGAUGUUGCUAUUGAAGAAGACUUAGAGGAAGAUGAUAGUGAUCAUAUCUUGACUUCUGAGCUAAUAACAGAAACCGUUAGAGUACCUGAGCAGGUUUUUGUGGCUGACCUUGUUACUGGUCCUGAUGGACACUUAGAACAUGUGGUCCAAGAUUGUGUUUCAGGAGUUGACUCUCCCACAAUGGUGUCAGAGGAGGUUCUUGUCACUAAUUCAGACACAGAAACUGUGAUUCAAGGAGCUGGUGGUGUUCCUGGUUCUUCAGUUACUAUUAAAACCGAAGAUGAUGAUGAUGAUGAUGAUGAUGAUGAUGAUGAUGUCAAGAGCACUUCUGAAGACUACUUAAUGAUAUCUUUGGAUGAUGUUGGGGAAAAAUUAGAGCAUAUGGGGAACACACCAUUAAAAAUCGGCAGUGAUGGUUCACAGGAAGAUGUUAAAGAAGAUGCAUUUGGUUCAGAAGUAAUAAAAGUGUAUAUAUUUAAAGCUGAGGCCGAAGAUGAUGUUGAAAUAGGUGGAACAGAAAUUGUGACAGAGAGUGAGUACACCAAUGGACAUUCUGUAGCCGGAGUGCUUGACCAGAGCCGAAUGCAGCGGGAGAAGAUGGUUUACAUGGCAGUUAAAGAUUCUUCUCAAGAAGAAGAUGAUAUUAGUUGCGCUGAAAUAGCAGAUGAAGUUUACAUGGAAGUCAUUGUAGGGGAAGAGGAAGGAACUUCUCUCCCUGAGACUCAGCUUGAGGACUCUGAUGUUAAUAAAACAAUUGUCCCUGUUGUCUGGGCUGCGGCAUAUGUGCGUGAAAUUAUGUCUAAUCUGUGGGAGUGGAAGAACUCAACAAAAAAAAAAUUUAAUCCAAGGAACAGUGGUCAAAGAGAUGAAAGAAGAAUUUCCCGGAGAUAUGAAGAUUGUCAAACAUCAGGAAAUACCUUGGACUCAACUUUAGAAAGCAGAAGUAGUACAACAGCACAAUACCUUCAAAUUUGUGAUAGCAUUAAUACAAAUAAAGUACUUAAGCAAAAAGCCAAGAAGAGGAGAAGGGGAGAAACCAGGCAGUGGCAAACAGCUGUUAUAAUAGGCCCUGAUGGACAGCCCCUGACAGUAUACCCUUGCCAUAUUUGCACAAAAAAGUUUAAAUCCAGGGGAUUCUUGAAAAGACACAUGAAGAAUCAUCCUGAUCAUUUAAUGAGAAAAAAAUACCAGUGUACAGAUUGUGACUUUACGACUAACAAGAAAGUGAGUUUCCAUAACCACUUGGAAAGCCAUAAGCUUAUAAACAAAGUUGACAAAACCCAUGAAUUUACAGAAUACACACGAAGAUACAGAGAGGCUAGUCCACUGAGUUCAAAUAAACUUAUCUUAAGAGACAAGGAACCGAAGAUGCACAAGUGCAAGUACUGUGACUAUGAAACUGCAGAACAAGGACUGUUAAACAGACAUUUACUGGCUGUUCACAGCAAGAAUUUUCCUCAUGUGUGUGUUGAGUGUGGGAAGGGCUUUCGACAUCCUUCUGAACUCAAGAAACAUAUGAGAACCCAUACUGGUGAGAAGCCAUAUCAGUGUCAGUAUUGUGUCUUCAGGUGUGCAGAUCAGUCAAAUCUGAAAACUCACAUUAAAUCUAAGCAUGGUAGCAAUUUACCAUAUAAAUGUGAGCAUUGUCCUCAAGCAUUUGGCGAUGAGAGGGAGCUUCAGCGCCAUCUGGAUUUGUUUCAAGGACAUAAGACACACCAGUGUCCUCAUUGUGACCAUAAGAGCACCAACUCAAGUGACCUUAAGCGGCACAUCAUAUCUGUCCAUACUAAGGAUUUUCCUCACAAAUGUGAGGUCUGUGAAAAAGGUUUCCAUCGUCCUUCUGAGCUCAAAAAGCAUAGUGAUAUCCAUAAGGGUAGGAAGAUUCAUCAGUGUAGGCACUGUGACUUUAAAACAUCAGAUCCAUUUAUUCUUAGUGGUCAUAUCCUUUCAGUUCAUACUAAGGAUCAGUCAUUGAAGUGUAAAAGGUGCAAGAGAGGGUUCAGACAACAAAAUGAGCUCAAAAAACAUAUGAAGACCCAUACUGGAAGGAAGAUUUACCAAUGCGAGUAUUGUGAAUAUAGCACUACAGAUGCAUCUGGCUUUAAACGACAUGUGAUAUCAAUACAUACAAAAGACUACCCACACAGGUGUGAAUUCUGCAAGAAGGGAUUCCGAAGACCAUCAGAAAAAAAUCAGCAUAUUAUGAGGCACCACAAGGAGGCUCUUAUGUAAUAAGAUCAAUAUAAAGAAAGAAGCUAUUUCGAAAAUAUGAUAUGCUACAUGGGAGGAAAAUUUCAUGAACUGUUUCAUCUAGUUCCAAAGCUUGAUAGUAAAUCAUAACUUUACAUUCUUUGUAUUAGAGAUCUUGAAAUAUUUGAAUUGACAGGGGAUCUCAUAGCCCUUUGAAAAUUACUUAAAGAAUUUAAGAAGCACCAUAGAAUGGUUGCAGAAAAACUCUUAAGUGUCUAUUUAAUAGUAUUAUAUGUAUAAUUAAAUUACAGAAGGGAAAAGCAAAGACAAUGACUUUAUUUGACUGAUCAUACUAGAGAUAAAUGUUUCUGAAAAGAUCAUAUGUAAUUGGGUUUAGCAAUGUUUUGCUGUGGCAAGCAAGUAUCACUUUUAUGUGAUUUUUGAAAUGAGGUGGGGCAAUAAAAUGCAGUCAUCCAUCAGUCACUUAGUCAUUGAGCCUUUUUUAUGGUAACUGAAAAUUGAAUUCCAGAAAUGGCAAAAGUUUUGUGUAUUCAUUAAAAGAAAUCUCACUGGAAAACAGCUUAUAUUAAUUCAAUACUAUUAAAAAGAAUUUCAGAGCUGCUAAGAUUUUAUCACAGGAUAGGAUGUUUAAAAUACGGCAUUUUUUGCUGAAGUCUAAAGUGAAGUCUACGAUUAAAGUUCCCUUUUUUCUGAUUGUUAAGUUGAUUUUUCAGUAUGGCAUAUAUGAUAAAAAUAUAUUUGAGUCAAAUGUGGCUUUUUAAAACAGAUGCAGCAGUAGUGUUGCAAAUAAAGCUAGCACUAUAUUUCUUAAUGAUCUUAAGAUUAAAUGGAGAGAACACAGUUUUCUUAAAAACAAUGUUUAGAAGUUUCUUUUUAGGGCAGUCUCAGCAAGUAGGAUUGUUUUAGUCUUACUUGCUCUAAUGUUUAAAGGUGCAAUUUUAUGCCAUUGAAAAUUUUGAUUUUUAAAAUCUAUAUACCAUAUUAUUAACAUGCAUUUUCAAUGUGAGGCAGCAUAUAUGCAGUAUUUAACAAAACACUGUGUUGCCAAUAGAGUUUGGAGGUGGAUAUUCAGUUUACAGUGUAUAAAUUUAAAAUAUGCAUCCUUUUAACAACGCUUUGUGUUAGCAUGCUGCAAAUCAAAAUGGCGCUUAAUAUAAAAAGCUGGUUUAGGGAAAUUUAAUGAAAAUCCUGUUCAUAAAUGUAAUGCAUAUGAUGUGUAUUUUUAAGUUAUAGUUGCUUCAUGUUUACACUCAGCUGUUCAACAUAAUUAAAAUGUAAUUUUACUUUAUGCUAUAUUGUGGCUUUGUGUUUGAAAUAAUGUUCACCUUUCUGUUUUUGCACCAGAUAAGAAUCUGUUCCGUGAGAAUAAAUUUUUUAUCUUUCUUAACUUCAGAAUAUUAAAUUUGGAAAAUUUAAAAUAGUGUGUUAUGUGGCUGUAAAUGAUGUACACGCUGUAAAAUAAGAUUGUCGUUGUUAUGUGGGAAUAUUAUUUCUAAAUGUUACUCAUUGAAAUGAGCAUACAAUAAAAAGCAUU